AGCGAACCAGAGAGAGAGAGAGAAAGAUAGAGAGAUCGAGAAAGAGGAACGAGAGCAAGUUAAAACGCCAAACGAUACGUAAGAGACAAAGGCCACGGCGGCAUAACCUCCAAGCCGAUCGUACCGCGCGUUGCGAGGACCUUCUGUCCUCGUAGAUCGCUUCGUUUUCUCUACGAAUUUGCUACGCUAUUUACGAGAGAUUAUAUUUUUGCAAGUGCAUGCCUGCCCGGGCUUCCAUAUGAAGUGUCGCACGAGUGAGAGAGAGAGAGAAAGAGCACGUGCAUGAAACAUAUUUUCCUCGAAGUACGGGAGUCGUCAUAAAGUGAAAGAGCGGGACGGUUGUUUGUACAGUCGUGUUUUUCCGCGGCACCUGGUAUACGAUACACGUCCAUGAGUGUUGUGCGAACAAAUUCACUCUCGCGACGGAAGCAAAAAGAAUAAGAAAAAGGAAAAAGAAGAAGAAGAAGAAGAAGAAAAAAAGAGGUGACGAAAAUAAUAUUCCCUAGUGUUGUAGUCCACGGUUAAUGGAUGAAACUGGCAGGAUGCUGCAACACGGAGGAUCAGGUGUUGGUUUGAUGGGAGGGAACCAGGGCCAAGGGGCCCAGAAUACCGCCGGAUACGGUAGCAUGGGACCCGUGGACGGAUCUGCGACACAGGGUCCAGAUCAAGCUGUCGAGGCAAGAAAACAGGACAUCAGUGAAAUUCUUCAACAGAUAAUGAACAUCACCGAUCAGAGCUUGGACGAGGCGCAAGCGAGAAAACAUACUCUGAAUUGUCACAGAAUGAAGCCGGCCCUGUUUUCGGUUUUGUGUGAAAUCAAGGAGAAAACAGUGCUGUCGUUAAGGAACACUCAGGAAGAGGAGCCACCCGAUCCGCAGCUAAUGAGGCUGGACAACAUGUUGAUCGCUGAGGGUGUUGCUGGGCCUGAGAAGGGUGGUGGAGCGGGAGCGGCAGCGUCCGCCUCGGCGGCCGCGGCGGCUGGACCACCUGGACAACCUGACAACGCUAUCGAACACUCCGACUACAGAGCCAAGCUCGCCCAAAUUAGGCAGAUUUACCACCAAGAGCUCGAGAAAUACGAACAGGCAUGUAACGAGUUCACGACACACGUUAUGAAUCUACUGAGGGAACAGAGUCGCACCAGGCCGAUCACGCCCAAGGAGAUCGAGAGGAUGGUCCAGAUCAUUCACAAGAAAUUCUCCAGCAUCCAAAUGCAGUUGAAACAGUCCACCUGCGAGGCAGUGAUGAUCCUGAGGAGUCGAUUCCUUGACGCGAGGCGUAAAAGACGAAACUUCAGCAAACAAGCCUCCGAAAUCCUGAACGAAUACUUCUAUUCGCACCUGAGUAAUCCUUAUCCGAGCGAAGAGGCGAAGGAAGAGCUCGCACGAAAAUGCGGAAUCACCGUGAGUCAGGUUUCCAAUUGGUUCGGCAACAAGAGGAUACGCUACAAGAAAAACAUAGGUAAAGCACAGGAGGAAGCGAACUUGUACGCAGCCAAAAAGGCAGCUGCAGCUUUUGCAGGAGCGUCGCCGUACAGUAUGGGUGGUGCAAGCCAGGGCACCCCGACGCCGAUGAUGUCCCCGGCGCCACCCGGUGGUCCGCAAGACAUGGCCGGAUACGGAAUGGGCAUAAACGGUAGCGACUACGGCUCGCAACCGUACAACGACGGCUCGAUGGGCUACGAUCCCAUGCACCAGGGCAAGGCAUUGGCUGGGGGGCCAGGCGCGGCGGGAUGGAUGCAACAACGCGAGGCAGUGCCGGAAUUUCCGCCACUCCACGAUUCAGCGGACUCUGAUUCCGACCGAGAAAAUGAAAAACGGCCGCGCGUCUAAAGUCACUUUUUUGGAAUGAACGAGAAUAGAGAAUGGUAAAUGAAACUGAUCAAACAGAGAAAGAAAAAAGAAGGAAACACACACACAUACACACACGCGCAGAGAAAUAAAAUCGAUAGAAACGCGGCAACGAAAC